GAACGAAUACUUCAUAUUGGGAGGGAGGAAAGCGCAGUGAUUCGCGAUCUAUAACAAGAGCCAGUUGUAAUAUCUCCCGUAUAAAAAGAUUUCGUAUAAAUGUCGACUCCUUGCUGACUGUUGGUUAGAUCUGAUAGCUCGCUAUCCGCCCGCGUUCUUCAUCAUUCCUAUUUCUGGCGGGAAUCAAUUUGUACACGCGACCGUCUGCUUCGCUUCAUUUUACUACUGAUGAAAACUGACUGAAAAGUCUUGUUGUGGAAUCUGCUACAAGGUUCGCGGUGUGAUUUCUCAUAAAUGGAUUGACGCUUUCAUCAAGCGAUUUCGGAAUUGUUUACAUGAUAGAGAGAGAAAGAGGCCUGUAGAACAGAAUCAUGGAAAAUAAUUUGAUAUCGCCGGAGGAAGAUCAACAGAAUUUAAUGAAUGUUCGGAAAUCUCCAAGAUGUAGUACCUCGGAAAACCUUCUAAACUUAUCCUUAAAAGAACAUUAUGAUAUCAUUAAAGAGCUUGGAAAAGGGACAUAUGGUAAAGUGGUCCUGGCCAAGUGCAAAGAGACCGGAACUAACGUGGCACUAAAGGUACUUUCAAAGAGCAGUGUAAAACUUCGGGAUUUUCAACGUGAGUUCAACUUCAGCUAUUUCCUGUCUCCGCACGUGAACAUAGUGGACACAUAUAAUGUAGCGUUUGAAACCAAGACAGCAUACGUGUUUGCCCAGGAAUAUGCCAAUUUCGGUGACUUAUUUGACAUGAUCUUGCCACAGACUGGGUUAACAGAAAGCGACGUGAAAAAGAUCGUCAGACAAAUCGCAUCCGCCCUGGACUUCAUGCACAGUGAAAAUCUAGUGCACAGAGACGUAAAACCAGAAAACAUACUCGUGUUUGAAGAAGGAUUUAAUCGGGUGAAAUUGAUGGAUUUUGGAAUGACCAGGAAAGAAGGAACAUUGAUUCGUAAAGUCAAUGGAAGUAUCCCCUACACGCCGCCCGAAAUCUGCGAAGCCGUUCGAAAUGAAAAUAUCACUGUGACGUCAGGCGGAGAUGUUUGGGCGUUUGGGGUAUUGUUAUUUUGUAUGAUGACUGGGAACUUUCCUUGGGAGAACGCGGAAUCCACAGAUGUCUACUAUACAGAAUUUGUCACUUGGCAACGGCGAAAAACGACGAAAACACCGUCACAGUGGAAAAAGUUCACACCCCGCUUGAUGCGCAUGUACCGAAAAAUGCUGGAGCCAAAAUUAGACAGACGUUGCAACAUCAAAGAAAUUAGCAAAUAUCUAAAUGAUACAUGGACACGACCUUCCAAAGAAAGCGAUAACGACGAAGAAUCGUGUUCGACAGACAGUGACCACAUGGACCAACUCACAAGUAUUCUUCAGGAUCACGGCAUAGAAACCCAUAUAGAUAAACGUUUGAGAGAGCGACGAAUUUCAGAGUGGUUGUUAGCUUUAUGACAUGCACUUAUAGCUCUCGGUUUCAUUUUAUAUUGCUAUUAUCAUUCGAUGACUUGACUCGUUUUUGAUGUCGAUGUGACUUUUAUUUGAUACCUUUGUGCUUUCAGAAACACGUACUGGUGCUAUAUACGAUUUAAUAUUAGCCGCCUACUGUGCAAUAAUCAUUCUCGACAUGUGAUCUCCGAUUACAGAAACAUCAAUAAAAUAUGAACGCGA